AUGUCUUCAACAACAACACAGCGAAGAAAAGGUGGUGCUCCAAAGAGUGUGGAGAACUUCAAAAUCGCCGUUCCGUUGGAUGAUCCACCAAUUAAAGCAGAGGUUAUGCGUCGGAAGUUUGGUACGGGUGCCUUCGACCAGCAUUGGCUGAACACCGAUUGCUGCGGUUUAUUUUGCGCAUUUUUCACGUAUGGCCUUCACGUUUAUGGAGUUUAUGCUGUUUGCUUAAUUCUUAUCCCUCCAUGGAUGAGCACAUUGGAUGAAGAUGGUGUCCGAUCCUUGACUCUGAUGGGUCAUCUCCAUAGACUCUGCUUCACUCUGAUUGCUGCGUUGGCAGUGUACUCGCAUUUCAAGGCGAUGACCACAGACCCUGGUACAGUACCGCCAGACGCAAUGCCACUUUCAGAGGAUCCCAGCAAGGAUGAUCAAAAUGGGAGCGAGAUGGAUGCACUAAAUCAACCGAAACGAGGGAAAAGAUUGUGCAGAAGGUGCAGUUCCUUCAAACCAAAACGAGCGCAUCACUGCAGCGUCUGCCGGAGAUGCAUCGUGAAGAUGGACCAUCACUGCCCAUGGGUCAACAAUUGCGUUGGUAUUGGCAACCACAAAUAUUUUCUGUUGUUUGUCUUCUACACGUGCCUCUCGUGUAUCUAUUCCUUCAGCUUAGUGAUCAUCCGAUUCUACACUUGCAUGGGUCACCAUGGCCAUGCCCGUUCUCAUCACCUCACUUGUUUGGAUCGACCAACACAAUUGAUGAAUAUAUUAGGAUUACUCGUUGAAGCAAUUCUCUUUGGACUCUUUACGAGCUGCAUGAUGUGUGAUCAAGCAGGAGUAGUCACCACAAACAUGACUCAUAUCGAUAGGUUGAAAGGUGACGCUGCGGCGAAUGCAGUAUCUGGUAUCGUUGAAGUGUUUGGGUUAAAGAAUAAGCGCGAGACUUCCGAAGGUACUAAGUUUCGACUUGAUUGGUUGUCUCCCUUUGGACAAGUUUGUUUCCCAGGUCCUCUACAUGAGGAAAUUCUAGGCUAUCGCACGCCAUGCAGGAGUGUCGGAGGUCAUCCUACUGCAGAGUCUGAGAUGGUAUCGACUGGGACAAUGGUUCGCAGUGUACAAGAGAUGGUCUAG